ACACUAACAUUGAGUGACAAUAAUAACAACAAUGGAUUCAAUUGAUUGAGUGAUGACUCAAUUGAAUGCAUUUGUUGUUUACAUUACAUAAUAUUUAAUACAAUUAUUGGACACAUUAUGACACAAAUGUUUAUGUAUUGUCAUUGAAUGCAACAAAUAAUACAAUCAUUUGAAUGUCAUUUACAGAUUGAUUGUCAACCAAAUUGAUGGUCAAAAUGAUGGAUAAACUAAUGUUUUUGUUUUUCAUAUUAAUAUUUGGAUCACUUGUGGUGAGCGACGGCAGUCUUCUUGAUGUUGAUUACGAAGGAGAUAGCUUUACAUGCGAUGAAUUGAUUUGUUUGGAUACACCUCCCGAUGACUUUCCACGACCACCACCGAUACCAUUGCAUAUAAUGAAAGCUAUUAAAAAUGAAUUCAAUAAGACUAAUGAUGAAGAAGUCGCCGAACAAGAAGAUUGUGGUAUUUGCGAAAUAUUGGAUUAUUUUGUACACAACGGACACUUCCCAACUAUAGCCAACUCUUCUGAAGUUACGUCUGAUUCCUGGCUAACCAUUAUUGUGGUCACAACUGUCUGUUCGCUCGCUUUUCUUAUAUUUUUACUCAUAAUUCUCGUCAAAUUCAAGAAUUGGAAGAUAUUUCCUGUGAGCGACUCGUGUCCUAUACUCCCCGAGAGUUUUUUAGGCGGACAUAAGUCGGCGCCACCUCCCUGUUCGCCGACUGAUUCAUGCAUCUCACCCGUGGUUAAUGAAAAGUCACCGCAAAGUGUCAUCAUUGAUGAGCCGACUAAGAAAACAAGCAUUUCUAGUAAGUAUUGGAAAAGAGGACCAAAUGUUGGCGACGACAGAUUAGGAACUGAUGUAAGCACUGAUAUGGAUCCAUAUAGUGAUGCCGCCAGUUGUACUUCAAGCCCAGUCUACGCUGAAUUAGAUCCGGCGGGUGUCACUCAUGCCUUGUCUACUCCGACACCAAUAAUAUUAGGCGGAUCUUCUAUCAGUCCUUAUGCUGUAUGCAACACUUAUAGCGAAGUUGCGGAUGCCGUACGUAUGGCAGCACUGGGAUCAUCAUCGGCUCUAUUACCUGAUGCCUCAUAUGAUAACGCAGCUUACUUGCCAUCAAACAAUCCCAAUCAACAUAUAUAUCAAUCGCGAUCUCUCCGUCGGGCACAUAGAGCGGCCACUUUAGGACAAUUGGGUAGCGCCACACCAUUGCUUCGGUCUCAUUACAAUCUGUCUAACCCAACACCACAACAACAACUUAAUUACUUGACUGGUGGUCGGCCACAGAAAAAGCCGCGACCUUUUCACUCACAAAUAAAUGCUCGUAGCGGUCGUCUUCCUGACGAUCUUCAAUCGGCACGUUUUGAAAGGCACGGCAUUUAUAGCGAUCUUCCGACUCAAUCACCAACACUGACGACGUUUAGAACUGCCAGACAUGCUCUUAGAGAUAAUCCGAAGCGACCGCUUCCACCCGUUCCCGGAGUUAGACUUUAAAACAUCUCACUGUUAUAUGAAAUCAUUAGUACAUUAACAUUACUAUUUAUUUCCAGUAAUAUUUCAUAACUACUAAUUUACAUUGGUACUUUAUUUAUUUUUAAAUAUAAUUUUGUCUAUUUUGCAGUUAUUUUGUUAUGACUUAAGUAUUUAUUAGGUAUUUAUUAUUAAUUUAAUUCCAAUCUCUAUAAAGGAAUAAAUACUUCCAUAAAUUAUAUAUUUAAAUGUUAAU